AUGAAUUAUUUGUUUUCCACCCUCGAUAUACAAUUUGAUUUGGUAGAAUCAUUAUCAAAAUUAGGAAUAGUUCGACCCUCAAAUACCCAGUACAAAUUUAUAAAAUCAUUCACAGAUGAGUCAAGCAUCAUAUUUCAAUCGAAAUCUGGAACUGGAAAGACAGUCGGAUUCUGUAUAUCUCUAUUACACAAAAUUAUUAAAAGAAGAUAUCAAGAAACACAACCAAAUAUAAGCAUUUCUAGUCACUUAGCACAUUGUGUAUCGAGACUAGAUCAUUUGCUGGGAGAUGCAGUGAUAAUAGUGCCUACAAGAGAGCUCGCAUAUCAAAUAUAUCUGUUUUUCGUAUCACUUAAAAGGUUCCUACCAAUAAUUAAAUCAAUACUGCUCAUCGGAAACACAGAUAUAUUGAAAUGCGUGACGUAUAUGAAAAAGGAGAAUGUUAACAUAGUAGUAUCAACACCAGGGAGAUUUGGAACAGUACUUAAAAGUAAGCCAGCUAAAAACGAGAUAGUAAAAUACGGAUAUAAAACCAACAGGACGUUCUUUAAAACACACACAUUGAUAUUCGACGAAGCAGAUCUGCUGUUCGAUGAGCAGUUUUAUGAACAGACGAAGUACAUAUGCGGAAAAUUAAGUAACCCGUUUGUGCAAAUAAUAGCAGUCUCAGCAACAUUCAUUAAGCCGCAGCUCAAGGUAUUCGAAGACAUGAUAUGCGAAGUGGACCGGAAUUAUAUAACUAAUUUUGUAAAACGCAAUUCAACAAUAACAGAAGAUACGCUGGGAAGGGAUGGUAGCUUGACGUAUAACACAUACCAUUUGCUCAUGUCGAAGAAGAUUGAAAAGGUGGAAGAGUUGUUGGAAUAUGUGUCAGGAUAUGAAAGAGUGUUCGAAAGGAUGUUUCUCUCAUCAAGCUACGUGAAAGGAAGAAUUCAUAAGAUAACAAAGACAUCAGACGAUGAAGAGAAUCAAUCGAUAGUUGAUGAUUCGGGCAGUAACAUAAAUAUGGAUGUAAAUGUUGAUUAUAGCAUUGGUGAUGAUAAUUAUGUUGGUGCUAGCAAUGUUGGUGUUGGCAAUCUGGGUUAUUUUGCGAAUGACGGUGCUAGUAGUGAUGAUCUAUUGGAAAAUACUGACAAUGAUAUUGGAACCGUAAGUGAUGGAGAAGAUGAGUCCUCACAAACACUGGUAAUUGAGAAAGUUAAGUUCUAUUACGCAGUAGUGGAGGACGCACCGAACAUAGUGAUGCAGAUAGGGCAUAAAAUAAAAGUGCUUGUUGGGAUAUUGGAGAGUUUAAAGUAUAAAAAGUGCAUAAUAUUCAGUAACCAGAGUCACACGAGAGCGCAGGUGUACGGAAUACUUAAGUAUUUGGGAUGCACAUGUUACAUGGUAACCUCGAGAAUGUCCCACAACGAGAGAGUGAUGAUGCUGUAUGACCUCAACUCAGUGGAAAAAGUAAUCAUAGUGUGCACAGAUGUGAUGAGCAGAGGGAUAGGGCUGGCGAACGUGGACCUGGUGAUUAACAUGGACAUGCCAGGCUCGAAGGAAAUAUUCCUACACAGGUCAGGAAGAUCAGGAAGGUUCGGAGCAAAGGGAGUGUGUGUGUCAAUAUGCAUGGAGUCGGAAGUGGAGACGUAUAACUACUUUCUAUUCGCACUCAACUUUAAGUCGGAGUCAAUAAAGGAGCUCUACAACGAGGACGGGAGUGUAGAAGGGAGAGUGCCUGAAGUUGUCAUGAAAACGAUAGAUUUCGUUAAGCUAAAUGAUGAGCUGCCAGACAUUAAAAACAUUACAAGGCAAAGCGUGUCGUCAUCGCUGCUUGACACAGAAGAAUUCAAGUUCAAUGUGUCAAUAGUCGGAUUCAUAUCGGACACGGACAUGACUCUGAUUAACACGCACAGGGCUCAGGUACUGAUGUACAUUGAGAGUACCGAUAAUGAAACGGCUGUGACAAUUAAACAUCCUGGAGAAAAAGAAGCGUUGUUUGAAUCAUUCACUUACAAAUUGGAGAUAAUUUAUUCGGACGCUGAUAUGAAAGCGAGCAAUGAUAUAAAAAAUAAUAACAGCAACUUUGAACUUAGACACAUUGUAUUAAAAACGGACCAUUCACAGGUAUUGGUAUCGCUUCCACUUGUGGAGUUUAAGAAACUUUUAAAUUCCGGACAUAAUCAACUUGAACUUUUGAAAGAAAAAAUAUCUCAACUGUUAGAAUCAAAAUGUAGUUUAAAUUAUUAUGACUUUAGAGCAAUGUUAAGUGGACGAAAUGAUGAUAAUAUUAAUGAUAGUGACGAUCGACUCAGUGAUUUCGAAAAUCAAUUAGUAAAGUCACUUGAUAGCCUUAGUAUAAGGAAUCAUGAAAUAGUUAUGCACUUUACAGAUCACGCAAACGGGAGAUUUCACGACCUCGUAAAACUGUACAUAAGUUCCACAGAAACCAUAACCACUUUCAACGAAUCGACUGUGAAAGAAAUCCAUAAACGGGUAUCAUUUAAUGAGUAA